GUCCGUGCGACACCCAUGACCACGAAUCGUCGUCAAGAAAGUGCUUCCCAUGUGAUCUCCUCGUUGUCUGCCCAUUACCCUUGUUGCAAUUUGAAGAAGAGCCUCCACCGAUCGACGCUUCACCCCUCUCGAUUAACACAACAGUGCGCAUCCAUGACAUCGCGAGCAAGGCUGUUUAAGGAGUACAAGGAAGUACACCGGGAAAAAGGAGGUGACAAUGACAUUCAGCUGACGUGUGACGACACCAAUAUAUAUCGCUGGACUGCUUACAUUAAGGGGCCAGUAGACACCCCAUACCAGGAAGGCGUGUUUCAGCUUGCCGUCAAUGUACCUGAGCAGUAUCCUCUAGUUCCACCCCAAGUGCGCUUUGUCACCAAGAUCUUCCACCCCAAUGUUCAUUUCAAGACAGGUGAAAUCUGUUUGGAUAUAUUGAAAACUGCUUGGAGUCCUGCGUGGACAUUGCAAUCAGUCUGCCGUGCAGUUAUUGCCCUCUUGGCGCAUCCUGAGGCUGAUAGCCCCCUCAAUUGUGAUGCAGGAAAUUUGUUGAGAUCUGGUGAUCAUCGUGGGUAUCGAUCCAUGUCACAGAUGUACACCCGUUUAUGUGCAGUUCAUUCUAACGGAGGUCGACCAGGUUCUUCUUAGUCGUCAAUAUUAUAGUGUACACUGUUUAAACCUUCAGAUAACUAAGAAACAAUGGGACUACCAGUGGUCGCAUUUAGCUGCUCUUGCUAGCAUGUUACUACACGCUGCGCAGGGGUCUAUUCUUGAAUGGUUAUCUUCCUGGAGUACAUUUUCUGGAUGGCCUACGUAGGGUUGUCUGCUGCUAUGGCUGCCCAUCGUCGAAGUUAGCGAGAUAAUCUUGUUGUUUUUUUUUUUACUUUGAAUUCUCAAUCAAAAUGUUAGCAUGAAAAUGUAUUAUUAUAUGUGAUUUAAAUCAUUAUAAUUCAAAAUCCUAGUUUAAAUUAGAUUUAUUUUUA